GCACACACACACACACUCUCUGCUCGUGAAGGCAGCCAUGGCCAAAUAAGUGAAACGACACUGUGAAGGUUUAUCGUCUCGAGAAGGAGGAACGUCGGCUUGGUCCCGCGGGAGGCUGCGGAAGAUGCAGAACGUCAUCAACACGGUGAAAGGCACCGCGCUGGGAGUGGCGGAGUUCCUCACCCCGGUGCUGAAGGAGUCGAAAUUCAAAGAGACCGGAGUCAUCACACCAGAGGAGUUCGUUGCAGCUGGAGAUCACCUGGUUCACCAUUGCCCCACAUGGAAGUGGGCCGCAGGAGAAGAGGUGAAGGUGAAGCCAUAUUUGCCGCAGGAUAAACAGUUUCUCCUGACACGCAAUGUUCCCUGUUACAAGCGUUGUAAACAGAUGGAGUAUUCAGACGAGCUGGAAAUGAUCAUAGAGGAGGAUGAUGGAGACGGGGGAUGGGUGGACACUUACCACAACUCAGGUUUGUUAGGAGCCACAGAAGCUGUACGAGAAAUUUCCUUGGAUAAUAAUAAGGACAGGAAUAUGAACGCCAAAUCUGCAGCACGCGUUGCUAAUGAUGAUGACGACGAAGAUGAAGAUGGAGAAGAAGCAGCAGACAUGGAAGAAUACGAGGAAAGCGGCCUGUUGGAAACAGAUGAGGCGACCCUGGACACCAGCAAAAUGGUAGAAACAAAACCCAAAGCAGACCCUGGGAAUGAAGACGACAUCCUUCAGACUAGAACAUAUGACCUGUACAUCACAUACGAUAAAUACUACCAGACCCCUCGACUCUGGCUGUUUGGAUAUGAUGAAGACAGGCAACCGCUGAGUGUAGAACAGAUGUACGAGGACAUCAGCCAGGAUCACGUGAAGAAGACGGUCACCAUCGAGAACCACCCGCACCUUCCUCCACCUGCCAUGUGCUCUGUCCACCCCUGCAGACAUGCUGAAGUGAUGAAAAAGAUCAUCGAGACAGUGGCAGAAGGCGGAGGAGAGCUCGGCGUGCACAUGUAUCUUCUGAUUUUCCUCAAAUUCGUUCAGGCCGUCAUUCCCACAAUAGAAUAUGACUACACGAGACACUUCACCAUGUAGCUUCAUCAGCGUGCCGCUUCAUCUGUUUUAACAUCUUGUACAUGGGGGAAAAGAUGGGAGAUUGUGUAUGGGGUCUGCUCGGGUUGCUGCUGGUGUGUGGAGUGUUUGUGUUGCUCUGAGAGACUUUGUGUGGGCGCAGGACACAGGGAACGUUCAAGGCAUGUUUCUGUUAAAGGAACAGUCCGAUGUUUUCGGGACACAGGCUUGUUUUCCAUUAAAAAAAGUCAGAGAAGGAGAUUAAUAUAAGUUCCAUCAGUUUGUGUCCAGUACAGAGAUGGGUGUGUUUUGUCUAAACAGUUUCAUGUUGUCUUUUUACUUAACGUAAUUAAAAAAUCAACAAAUUUGGAUAUAUUUGUUUGAGUUCUUACUUUGUGUUCUUCCCACUUUUGUGUAUAAAGCUGACUAGACUAACCACAUCCUAAACGUAUCUCCGUACCAGACACAGAGAGAUGAGACUAACAUCCAUCUUGUCACCUGACUCUGCUUUAAGACUCCAGACAAGGCUGUGUCCUUAAAGCCGGCUUGUUCCUCUGAUAUUUCUCUGCAGGUUUAAGGUUGUGACCACCGCACCAAGAUCGUGUUAAGAAGAUUACAAAACUCACCCCAUUCCGCACUUAUACUUCCCUGCUUCAGAAAAACGAAUGAGCCCUGGUUGUUCAAAGUGUCUGUCCAUUGAGUUUGCUUUUGCGGGCCAAUUAACACAGAGCAAUGUGAGCAUUAACUUUGCUGCAUCCAAAUGAUGAAUGUAAGUCCAGUACCCCUUUUGCUUUUAGCUCUGUGUUUGGUCUCCACCGCCUCCUGAAGGAAUUGUCUGCUGCUUGGAAGGUGGUGGACACUGGCUGUUUAAGACAAUUUUCCCAAAAGAUGAUGCUGUCAGAUAUAUUAAUAUAUAUAUACAUUGUAUCUGACAGCAGCAUUGAUGAAAGAUUCAUGAUUAUUGACCGUUGCUCCCAUGCUUUACUGCAGUGAUUAUUAUUGCUUUCAUUCUUAUGGUCUUUGCAGGAUUCAUGUCAUCAGCCCCUCUCAUGCCAGUUUGUCUUAAAUCUUCAUUCUCUGAAUGUGGCGACGGACGGUUUACUCAGCUCUGCAGCUUGUGUCGGAUCAAUGAGACAUUUUUUUCAGCCCUGCUUGUACAAGUGUGAAGAAUCACCCAUGACUGUGUCUGUGUGAAGGUUGACUGUGACCUCGGAUGUGCUGCACUUUCACAAAACAACCAGAUUUGUCAGUGGACAUCUGUAAACCCUUCAAUGAAUUUCUUGGGCUGUGUCGUUCAUCAGAUUGUGGAUUAUAAUCUGCAUUUGGCUCAUUACAGUGACAUGUUUCUUACAGAACUUACUCAACUAAAUACAAUAAUAAGCUUCAGUGAUUCCUGCUUUUAUUUCCUUGUCUGUUGGUGGGAUAGAAUACUCUCUCUGUACCGUCUGUUGCUCCAGUGUCCAGAUCUAACAUGCUCAGUGGUAACACAUUUUAAACUAAUGCACAUUUAUCAAUAAAGAGUUUCCCAAAUAUUGUAUACAGAA